GACCGACCGACUGACCGCCACGGCAAACGUCGAGCCUCACACACCAGUACCACUUCUUGUUCUUGUUGCUCGACCCACUCGCCACCCAUCAGCACCCUAGUGACGAGCGAUUAGCACCAUCUCCUUCCCGUCUCUGACACGCGCUUGCCACCCCCGUGCUGCCAACGCCGACGAGCGCAUCAUCCGUUGCCCAACCAACUUUUUAGACCGACGUAAUUACAGCACUAAGCCUGGCCCAGUCCCUACCCCGCGUAACCGGCCCCCGCGCAACUUUCCAGCUGCCACCACCUCACCGCGCGCGACACGACACCCCGACGCAUUUAACCCAACAGCCUCAACCUCGGAUGUCUGCAUUUGCGUCUUCCCCAUUCCUCCCAUUUACAGCGCUCGCAGACGAGCGGACCAACAGCAUCGCGUCAUACCUUGACUUUGCGGGCAUGGAGCGCGCCAAGACGCCAAGUGCCGCCUCGAAUGCCGCCGACAGCCCCGUGAUGGUCAAGGGCAGCGGCGGCUACGGUGGCGGCCUCAAGCGAUCCCUGGACGACAUUCUCGAGCUCGGCAACGAGGACGAGGACGUCCUCUCGGCGCACCAGCACCAGGCAAAGAAGCGUGCUUCCUCCAGCUCGGCCGGCUCGGUUGUCGACGACGCGAGCAGCUCGAGCGAGUCCAUCUCGGCCGCCAGCGCGUCCGCACCCACGCAGUCGUGGAGCGAUGCCGUUCUCGAGCUUCUCGGUGGCCGCUCAGCGUCUACUGCCCCUGGUGUGGUGGCCUCGUCACCAACGCCGACCCUCGGCCCCUCGACAUCAUGGCAGUCGUCAGCGCCGUCGCCCGUCCCCCUCACACCGCCCGCCACGCUCAUCAACCACGAGCUCUUCCUGGCCGCGGCUGCCGUCGCAGCUCCGUCCAUUUCCAACAACCUCAAGGACGUCAUGGCGUCGGGAGCCCUCGGGCUCAGCUUUGGCCUCGAGCUCGCCAUUACCCCGCAGAUGGUCAAGACGGCCAAGGACGCGGGGUACCACUCGCUUCACGUCGACUUUGGCACCAACAAGCCAAACUUCCAGAUGGCCUCAGAGGUGUUCUACACGGCAUUGAACCUUGGCAUCACGCCCAUCUGUGUCCUCCCCGCCGUCCAGCCCGACAUCAUCUCGCGCGUCCUCGACAACGGUGCCCAGGGCAUCAUGAUCCGUGCCAACACGGCCGACGAGGCUGCCGACAUUGUCAGGAGUACAAAGUACUACCCUGUUGGCCAGCGACCACCGACCCUCAAGCAGCCUCGCAAGGCGCAGAGCACACACAUUGCAAAGGCGCAGCAGGUCGCAAACGAGGCUGUCCUCGCUGUCCCUGUCAUCGACUCUGUUCAGGGUGUCAACAACUGCGAGGCCAUUGCCGCUAUCCCUGGCGUCGACAUGGUCUUCAUCAAUGUCUCUGGCUUGAGCACCGACCUUGGUUGCUCGGGCCAGUACGACGACCCGCGGGUCUACGACUCGCUUGCGCGCAUCUGCCGCGCCGCAACAAAAGCUUCGACUGCUUCGCACCCAGUGUACGUCGGACUGAGUGGCAAGGCAUGCGUCCGUCCCGACCUCAUCUCUCGGUUGAGGUCAGAGUUCCCCUGUGUGCGCUGCGCGCUCGCGGGACGGGACACGAGCAUCCUGCAGUCUGGCAUGGAGGUCUACGUGACCAUGCUCCGUGGGGUGGAGCUCGGCAUGCCGUCCCCAUGGAACAUGCCCGCCGUUUCGAUCGACCCGUCUCUGAUCACUGGCGGCGCGUCUCCCAACCAAACACAAAAACCAAAGCUGUUGAGCCAGCGCGCUGUCCCCAGCAGCGGCACCAUGAACCCCUUGGGAGCCAGCCCCCUGCUCAGCAUGAACCCUCUGUAGUCCCUGUGUCCCGAGCGACCUUGACAUCAUUAUAUUUGGCAUCCACAUCACCCCUGCAUCGGUUCCUGGAGUCUCCUUCGUUGUACAGAAUAGUAGUAGUUUGGGCGAUAUGCAGCCUUCAGCAGUAAACACAA